UUAGGCUGUUAUGGGAAUAUACUGAAUGUUGACACAACUGGAGCUUCGGAGGCAACUGCAAAACCAGAAGGUCUGAGCUAUGCAGGAGUUCCUGCCUCAGAAAAAAUUGCAGAAAGAGAUUUGGAGAACAUGAAGAAAUACCAAGCCAAGAUUAUAAAAGUUGGCAACAGCAAGUGUGUUGAUCCAGCUGUGAUUGCUGGCAUUAUCUCUCGGGAGUCACACGCUGGGACAGUGCUGAAAGACGGCUGGGGUGACCACGGAAACGCAUUUGGUUUAAUGCAGGUUGACAAACGGUACCAUAAGAUUGUUGGGUCAUGGGACAGUGAAGAGCACUUAGCCCAAGGUACAGAGAUUUUAUGUGGGAUGGUAAAGGAAAUCCAGAAGAAAUUCCCAACAUGGACAAAGGAACAGCAGCUCAAAGGCGGGAUUUCAGCCUAUAAUGCAGGACCUAAAAACGUCCAGAGCUACGACAGAGUGGAUAUUGGCACAACACACCAUGACUACGCCAAUGAUGUAACUGCAAGAGCCAAGUUUUAUAAGAGAAAUGGAUUCUGA